CGUGCCGUAGACAAUACUUAUAAUAAUAAUAUUUUAAAUAAACAACUUUAAAUGUCUUGUUUGUCAAGCCAAGUAACCAAAGCGCUUCUUCUCGUUCGUCUUCUACUUCCGGGCCGCGUCAACGCGCUGGCAAUGACAUUGUCCCAAACAUUGAUGAAGUCAGCGUGGUAAACGAUUUAAACCUGGUCGUUUCUCAUGACUCUGAGGCUGAAAUCAGCGCCGACAUAGCCGUCAACAUGUCUCCGGUGUCCAGCGGGUUUCCGGAGGAGCGGCACCGCGGGGCGCAGGGCCCAAUGGGCAUGGACUAUAUCCCCACAGAGGAGGAGAAGAGGGUCUUCAAGGAGUGCAACCAGGAGAGCUUCUGGUACAGGUCUGUGCCCUUCUCUGUGGUCAGCAUGGCUCUCACCCAGGCCCUGAUUGCUAAAGGAACGCUGACUGCAUCUCCAAGGUUUGGAUCUCUACCCAAAGUGGCAUUCGCUGGCUUCUGUGGCUACCUGGCUGGGAAGAUGUCGUACAUGAAGACGUGCCAGGAGAAGUUCAAGCGGCUGGAGAACUCGCCGCUGGGAGAGGCCCUCAGACAGAGGACAGGACUGCCUCCUCCAAAUCUCCAAGGCCAACAGUCAUCAGAGCUGAGUGACCCAGACACCAUGUCGUUCGACCCCAUGUUCCAGCCAGCAGAGUCCCAAAGCCAGGUGCCCGCUCAAACCAGAGACUAUGAUUAUGGUUACAGACAAGAGCCGUCCCUGCCGACAAGCCGAGCAGAUGACUUCAACCCCCAAGCCCAGUCAUAUGUGGAGGAGGAGGAGCCCAGGAAGAAGUCCAUCCUCUAUGAGGACCUGAGGCUCAAGAACAGAGAAAACUACGAGGUCACACUCACCCAGAAGGCUGAGACGCUGCUCAAAACUCCUCCUGAAAGGGAGCCAGAAAGGGGGCCAGAAAGAUCUGCACCUAGGAAAGAAGUCAAGAAGAACAUCUAUGGAGACACCUGGGAGGAAUGAGCUUUUAUUCGAGCUGUAGAUGCACUGGCCGCUCUGGGGAUGCUGACACUGCCGGACAGACCGCUCAGUGGCCGUUUGUUUCCAGGGUGACUUAGCCUCAAGUAACAUGAAAUUAUAUGUGGUUCUGAUGAAUAUCUAUCUGCAAAUGAGUUGAUUAAACCAAAUUGCUUCAAGAAUAAAGCUGGCUCUCUCUGUG